UGGCCACUCCACUGGCCAGGCAGGAGCGGGUGUGGCCCGAGCUCCCAAUAACAAAACCUUCGCUCCGACCACUGCAGAGCGCGCUUCCCUUUGGUGCUGCACUACUCGGCGGUGGAGACGCACCUUCAGCCGGAAGGGGCAAUCUUGGAAGAAUACCCUCGACCGCGCUGGCCCACCCGGCGAGCUGCGAACCACGAACAUCACUACUGACCACUGUGACCGAUCGACAGCCCGCCCGCAUCCGCUCCACCAAAUGUCCAGCUCGAAGCCCAUCAGCAUGACCAGCACGCAGGCCCACAACACGCUGCCCGACGAGCUCCGCAAUGCCCUCUACUCGCAGCUGCUCUCCGGCAACGGCAUCCGCAACAUCGAAGGCAACCUGACGCACGAAAUGCAGGCCACCGGCUUCAUGGCCAACCUCAAGGGCUACAUCACCCACCUCUACCGCUCUGGCCAAUGCACCACCCACUCCGAAGCGAUGACACUGGUAACAGAGAAAAUCAGGCACGAUACGCAGGCGAAGAAGAGCAACGGCGUCACGAACGGGGUCAAUGGGAUCAACGGGCACAGCAAGGAGAACGACGAGUAUGACCUCAGCCUGCCCGACCGCGUCAUCAGGGAGGGUGUCAAGACCGUGAGGAUGGAGCUGAACGAAGUCUGCGAUAUCACGUAUCCAGACGACAAGUGAUUUAACAGUUCAGUGCCGGAGUCCAACCCUGCUAACGCCGCUUAGCCGCUCCAGCAGAGCAAAGGGUGAAGAUAUGGCAGGGGAACGUGCGGGGGCAGGGCCUUACAUCACCCCUUACAGUCCCGAUGGUAGCUUCGAGCCGGAAUCGACGCCAACCCAGGGACCAGUAAAGCCUCGCGGAACUAGCUUGGCAUCUACUGCUCUUGUUCAAGCCGCCCAAUCCCCCUCGUCCGCCGCCGCCAGAGCAUCGCAUAUUUCAA